GCGAGGCGUAUGGGCUGGACCGUCACUCAGGCGAUUGAGAGAUUGAGGGGAGUAGGUAGGUUCGAAGAGCCCAUUGCCAGGAUCGUAGGGAGGCGACGACGAGGCAGGAGGUGGAGAUAAGGAUGGAGGAGUUGCGACCCUCGCCKKUGGGACCUGAUGGMAGRCSGAUCCGCCUGAAGAUUGGAAAUGCGUCGGACUUCAUCCCCGCGUUUGAGUGGUUCAUGCAAGAGCAGGGCAUACAGAGAGAUGAUUGGAUGCAGACACUACCACUCUGGACCAGGAAGGCGGAAAGGCCACUGGCUAUGCAGAUCAGGGACAUGGCACGAGAUUGGGAGAGUUGCAGGGCACAUUUGAGAGAGGCCUUUCGACGGCCAGAGCUCCCUCAGCCCAGAGUCGAGAGGCGGCAGAGGAGUCAGAGGCCGAGGGACCCUGAGCCCAGGGAGGCGAGACCAUCUCGAGGAGGACAGAGCGCCCUAGCCAGGAGAGAGCAGGAGCCAGAGGAUGAGGAGCGAGGGGCAUACCCUGAGUGUGGGUUGGGGCCAGUGGAGUUCCAUCGUUUUACUGAGGGUGGAUUGAGGAGGUCGCCAGCACACACAGGGGAAGCCACCAGCGUCAAAGGGGCCCUUGAGGGAAUUGGAGAUGCAUUUAGAUAUUUCUCGGUGGAGGGCAUCGCUUCAGGGAGAGGAGCAUGGAGAGCAGGCAGAGGAGGUGUCACGAGGAGAGGUGCCACGAGAGGAGGUGUCACAGGGGGAGAUACCACGAGAGGAGAUGCUGCGGGAGGAGAAGGAGAUGGAAGCAGAAAUCCCAAAGAGGGUCCACCUCCGCUGAGGGAAAGGGUGCCAGCUGGAGAGACGGCCGAAGAAAAGAGGGCAAGGCGAACCAGGCGGAUAGAUGAGAUAUGGCAGGAAAGGCAGAGGUUGGAGGCAGCAGGGGAGCUCCCGGAGCAGCAGCAGGAGAGGCAGAGAUCGGAGGCAGCAGGAGCACUCCCWGGUCAGCCACCCARCRCACCAACUAGGGCCCCRGAGAUUCCUGAAAUGUGGAAAGACUUCUGGGAGCAGAGAGGAGAGAAGCUUCCAUCGCCAGUCAGAGCCGGGUUUGGGGUGGCCAGGAAGGCGGAAGAAAGGUUAGAUCAUAAAAUCAAAUUCCUGGCCAAGACCACUUUUGACCGACACUUGUUAUUGGAGGGCGAUCUGGCGGGGAAGAAAAUGAAGGAAGCCAGCCAUGGAGAACGUCUGGAGGCUAUGGAGGUGGAAAUUCAGGAACUUAAGGCUUUGGUGGCCAGCCAGGCAGCUAUCAUUGAGAACCUGAGGCAGCGAACCCAGGGAAAGGUGGACAGACCAGAGAGCAGCCGGCAGGGAGAGCAGAGGCAGACAAGACAGGGAUUGCCAGGACAGCCAUCUGCGAUAGAGCCUCGCCAGGAGCCACCUAUGGGGAAGGUUAUCCUGGAGCCAGAGGAGGCGAGGGCCCAGAGACAGGCAGAGAGAGAGGAGUUCAAGUUUAGAGCCCCCACCGAGCUCGCGACGCUGCCAGUGGCGGCGACAGGCCCAGUCGUACCUUUGGCAGUAGAGGCGGGGCUGCCACCAUCUACCAGUGAGCCGUCUCAGGGCUCGGCAGAGGGAUUCUUGGGCGUGCUCGUUGAGGCAGUGCAUACUAUGCAGGAGGAGGUGAGUUUGUUUUCACCAGAACAGAGGAUAGAGGAGCCUCUUGAGAGAGAGAUGAGGAUUGAGAAGGAGGGUGCCAUAGAGGGCAGACUCCAGAGGAUAGGCACACCUUAGUAUGGACCAGAGGAGAUUGAGGAGCAGCCCACAGCAGUGCCAGAGGCGA